AUGGCCGAUAUCCAAGCUUUACUUUCUGCACUGGAUGUGUUCAAUAGAGCCCCAGACAAGGCAUCGCUGGAGAAAGCAAACUCCUGGCUUCAGGAUUUUCAACACUCUCCCGAGGCCUGGUCGACCUGUAACGUCCUCCUCCUCUCACCUGAUGCACCACCAGCUGCAAAGUUGUUUGCUGCUCAGACUUUCAGAACGAAAGUCACAUACGAUCUCCAUCAAGUCGAUGCUCCAAAUCUGCUACCUCUUCGAGAUACUCUGGUCACCGCUCUUGAGAGAUAUCAUGCCGGACCCAAGACCAUCAUUGUUCAGCUAUGUCUGGCCAUAUCAGGGUUUGCUCUGCAAGUCCCUGCUUGGGAUGAUGUUCUCCAAAGCAUGAUCGACAAAUUUGGUCGGAAUCCAGCAACAGUUCCAGCAUUAUUACAGUUCCUGACCCUCCUUCCUGAGGAACUGGUUAGCAACACCAGAAUACCUGUGACGGACGACGACUACCGAGAAAGGUCUGCUGCACUGCUUACUACUAAUUCGCAGCAGGUUUUGGAACUGUUGGCGAUGUAUAUUCAAGCUUCAGGUAUUACACAUACUGUACAGGCGCAAAUCCUAGACUGCCUGCGAAGCUGGUUGGUAGCAGGCGAGGUUAAUACCAUCGGUCUCGCUGAAUCACCAUUACUUGGCCUCGCGUUUGAGGCCUUAGCCUCGGAUGAUCUUUUUGAUGCCGCUGUUGAUGUCAUCUGCGAACUCAUCCACGAGACCCAAGAAAUCGACGAAAAUAUGCCCUUAAUCCAGCUCAUUGUGCCGCGAGUUAUCGCAUUGAAGCCUCUUCUGGAGACACAAAAAGAUGACCCCGAGAAGAUCAGAGGGUACGCUCGCAUAUUCACCGAAGCUGGAGAGACUUACCGUCUUUUACUUCUCCAACACACUGAGACGUUUUACCCCAUUGUCGAAGCCAUCGGCGAGUGUUCUGCAUACUCUGAUCUCGACAUCGUUCCUAUCACUUUUUCCUUCUGGAUGCGGCUCGCUCUCACCAUUGGCAAGAAACAAUCCGUAUCACCCUUAUUCAUUGAAGCUUACCGGGCGCUUCUGGGUAUCAUUAUACAGCACCUUCAUUUUCCGGCUGACUUGUCGACAAUGUCAGGGCAGGAAGCUGAUAAUUUUCGCUCAUUUAGACAUGUAAUGGGUGAUACCUUGAAAGACUGUUGCUACGUCCUGGGAACCGAUACAUGCCUACUCUCUGCUUAUGGAUUGAUCACCAAUGCUCUCUCUCGUAGCCCGGAAAUCAUCUCAUGGCAGGAAAUUGAGGCCCCUUUGUUUGCUAUGAGGUCGAUGGGCGCUAAAGUUGAUCUAUCGGAAAACAACGCCGUGCCUAAAAUUAUGGAUUUGAUACCUUCGCUACCCGAUCACCCAAGGGUUCGCUACGCAGCACUGCUUAUCAUUUCUCGCUAUACGGAGUGGAUCAAUCUCCAUCCUGAAUAUCUUCAAUUCCAACUUCAGUACAUUUCGGGUGGCUUUGAAAGUUCGGAUAGUGAAGUUAGUGCUGCUGCUGGUCAGGCAUUGAAAUAUCUGUGCCAGGAUUGUAAGAAACACUUGGUUGAUUUUUUGCCUACCCUUCAUACGUUUUUGAGUACCACUGGCUCAAAACUUGCGCAAGAUGACAGACGUCAAGUGUACGAAGCCAUUGCAUAUGUCAUAUCUGCCAUGCCUAUGGACAAGGCUGCAGAGUCACUUCGUACCUUUUCUCUUGACAUCCUUGCUCAAGUUCACACGGUAACAAGUAAGGCGACGCCGGCAACAAAGCAGGAGCUCAAGGCACUUGAAUUUGGUUUAGAGAAUCUGGAGGUUAUGCUGCAUGUGAUUGGGCCUUUUGGAGAUGUUCUCCCUGCAGCUUGUGAGAACAGCUGUCAAGAGGCUUGGUCCGUCUUCGAUGCUUUCCUCGCAAAGUAUGCGUUCGAUUUUGAUACAUCCGAGCGAGCUACUCGUGUUCUUCGGCAUGGCCUGACCUUCUUUGGGAAAACGGCACUCUCUAUUGCCCCAUCCGUUAUAAGCAGAAUGGUCACAUCCUUUGAGGCGACAGGAUUCUCCAACUAUUUAUGGAUUGCAGGUAAAUUUGUUGGUGCGUUUGGCAACGAGGAGAACGCUACCAUUCGCAGUGCCUUCCGGGUACUCUAUGAACGGACUACCAAUAAACUGGUGGAUUUACUGCAGUCUAAAACACCGCGAGAUAUUCCCGAUGUCCUGGAAGAUUAUGUUCACCUGCUCACCCAGCUCGCUGAAUUCGCACCGGAAGCCUUCUUCCAGUCUCCCGUUUUCCCUUUAGCUUUCCGAGCAACUAUGGCCGCACUCACUCUGGUUCACUCUGACACUAUUUUUGCCUCCUUAGAUCUUUUUCGAAUUAUCCUUACGCAUGAUUGCCUCGAUUCCCAAACACCACAACCGCCUAAUUUCCCUCUCUAUGCGACAGCUAUCUCUGGUGUCAUUGAUAAGGAAGGCUUCGAGUUCGUCGGAUAUCUACUAGCGGGCGUGAUUGGGGACUUCCCAGAAGACUCGACUUCCUCCGUGGUGUCCAUAUUCCGAGCCAUUUCCAUGCUUCGGUCCUCGCAGCUACUGUCUUGGCUACCUGCAAUCUUGCAUCAACUUCCAUCCAGCAGUGCGCCUCCUCAAGCCAAAACAGCAUUCUUGGAAGAAGUGACCAGUGCUGUGAACACUGGCCAGUUUGACAAGGUCAAGUACGGAGUUAUCACCUUUCAUCGGGCUUCACGUAAAGCUCGAGAUCGGAGAAGAGUGAUGUCUGUAAAUCAUUCGAUAUGAGACAAAAGGGGGUACUGUAAUUACAACCAUUGUACACUUUUUGAUUCCUCAAAUUCGAUAUUGUACAUCUGUAUUCCCAAUAAGAUAGUUUAUGUUCUCGAAUUUCCACACA